CUUAUAGGCACAGUCUGUUACUUGCUAUUUGAAUAACUUAUUGAAUAUGAUACUGAGAACAAAGUUUAAUUGUUUGUCUCAAAACGGAUUUGUUGUUUUUCAGAAUAGUAUGAAGCUUAUGGAAUUUAGGAUUACGGAUGAUCGUGUGGAAAACCGGUUUACAAGUUUACGAUAACUGUUUUAUAUUGCCUACUGCUAUGCUCAUUCAUCUAAUGAAUUAUUUAAAUAUAAAUAUAACAACCAUACGCAGUGUUUUAUAUUAUAAAUCCUGUAAGUUUGUAUAAUUAUGGUCUAAAUAAAGCCAAAACAAAUAUUGACGCACAAUCAUGUGACUGCAUUACAUUUCGUGGUUUCUUAUAAGUUGCAUACAACUGAAUAUGCAUUAUAAUUUAAGAUUGAGGGAAGAAAUAGUAUGAAAUAUAAUAGAAAGCAAAGAAUUGGAAUGACCUAGGUUAUCAAUAAUAACUAUACAUAUGUAUAUGCUUGAACAGGUCAAAGGUCAUUUGGUGUUAGACUUAAGGGAACAUAAAGGAUGGGUGGUGUAAUAGUCGAGUGAAGCUCAGAAGCAUAUAAGAUAAAUUGUGUGAUAAUUCUAGAUGUAAUGAAUAAAUCAUUGAAUUAAGAACUAAUAAGAUAAGUGAAGACAAUCUGAAGAGUUAACAUAAUUUAGCAAAGAAGUGUGAGUGGAAGGGUGGUCUAAGGAUUACGUAAUCCAUCUCAUCAAGGAACUAGCUGCAUGAAAUUGUCUAGUUCCAUACUAAUACUAACUUGAUAAUGGACGUAAUCUGACAACGGAAAAUAUGUAAGGCGGUUGUUUAAUCUGUAAGGUUUUACGUGGAAGUCGCAUUAUUGUUUUAUUUGACUCAUUGAUUCCUGACAAUGAACAACGAUAUAACGCUAAGUUCUAACGACAGUUCGUAACUAAUACAGUAGUACAAAUUCUUAAUUUUCACACACAAUUAUUCGUUAAAGCGAUUGGUAAACCUCCCCAUGAAAGUAUGAAGAAGACUAAAAUAAAAAAUGAGAAAAAGUUUAUUGAUUUUUCAUGACUACUAAAGUGGAAAGAUAAGUUUACAAGUUGUAUAAAUAGUGGUAUAAAAUAAAGCCACAAAGAACUGUUAAUCGUAAACCUGCUGUCUAGCUGUUUAUAAUUCUUAAGUAAAAAUUGUAGACCCUUCUCUCCACCUGAUUCGCGAAGCGUUCACCAUAUUUCUCAACAAUUCGUUGUUUGCACAUUCUUUGGAGCCGUUGAAGUUGUAUAUAUUCUUUACUUCGUCUCCGUAAUGAAAUUACUGUGUUGUUUUGUAAAUUGUGCGUAUUGUCUAAUUUCCAUCUACAGCAACACCUAAGAAGUUGAUGAGCUAUGCAGUUUAUAUUUUAUAAUUUAAAUAGCUUACCUGUUAGACUUCGUCUUUUAAUAUAUGCCAGCAGGAGAUGGCGGCACGGAUAUCGACACAUAUUAAACGUGCUACAAUUGCAUUCACAAAUACUUACAUCUACUUCGUAAUGUUGUCCGCGGUCAAGCAUAAACAACCACUCGCCGCUUUCAUAUUCUAAGUUAACGAAACGCAUUCUUUUUAGUUCGUAUAACACUUUGGAUCUUGCGAAUGGGGUCAACAUGUUCAGCAAGGGUAUAAGACGCUGUGGAGCAUCAUAAUUGUAUGCAUGCUCUCUAACUUGACCGUUUUGUCGCAUCAUCUGCAAUACCUGCUUCCGAGUCCAACCUGAAAUAUAUUUAUAUACACUUACCAGUGGAGAGUUCAGCUUUCAUAUUUUUGACAUCAGCAGCGGUCACCUGCUUACCUGUUCUUCCCUUAAUACUUUCGAUAACUUCGUCCGUCGACUGACAGUGCAAUAUAACUGGUUUCAAGUUUUCUUUUUCUUCUGAUGACAAUCGUCUACUCAACGGAUCACAAACCAUCCACGAACUUGUACACGGAUGGUUGUGAGUCAUGUUGUAAGAUUUUAUAACGUAUUGUUGACCCUCCAAUCUUACGCGAAACAUCGAUUGGCAAUUUAAAAAUUUAGACCUUAAAGGUAACACAUUAGUUAGAGUCCUCACGGUUUUUUAAUCACAUUCAGACCUUCUGAUUUACGUUUACGACCAAACGUGCAACGAAACACUACGAACAAGUAUUUAUAUCUCACAUCCUUCAACAAUCUACUUUCUGCGUGAACAUAGUGUGUAUGGGUCAUCUGAGAAAACAUAGAUUUAUCCCAUCAUACUUUAUGGAAAUCCUUUAGCGCAUUAUCUAAUUCAAUCCAGCUUCCGAAUCUCUUAUUCAGCAUAAUACGUUGGAACGCGUCGCUUACGUUCACUGAAAUUUCACUUGAGCAUGAAGCACUAGAUACAACAUACAAUAGCUAUUAAAAAAAAGGUUAUUCCUUGAAAAAAAUUAACUGAAGGAAGAACAACAAAUAUUUAGGACUUACCCUUCAGUUGACAUUUCGUCUUAACUCACGAAAACUAUGCGCAUCUAUAACCUUUUACGUUAUUUUAUCUUUCUUACGUUGUUUUCCGGACCUUAUCAACAAAUUAUAUAUAGCUGUUGACUUUCACUACAGCACUUAGGACCACAGAUCAAGUUUCGAAGGAACAACAGAGCUAAAGUGUGCACUACAAAACAGAAAAUACUCAGUUAAUGCUCUUAGCAGUUAUUUAGUGUUUAUUAUGCAUCAAAAGAUGACUUAUAUAUGGAAACAUUUAAUACUCAUAGGACCCAACACACACACGACAAUUGAAAUACGGAAUGCCCGCUUCCAGUCAGCGCGUUCAAGGUCGUUGAAACGAAACGGCGGACAGAUUUGAAAGGGAUUACCGUUUAUACCUUGCCGUCCUGGUAUUUCGUGCAUUACUUCUCAGCAUACAUGAUAUAAACCAAUGAUGGCCCAGGAACCUUUACAUAUUGUGCCAGAUAACAUCUUAUUACAUUUGUACACGCGAUUUCUUCUUAAUAUUCCCGAUGAGUUGAAAGAAGAUUGUGCAAAGAAUUUCGUAAGAAUCUUUUUUGAAGUUGAGCGGGCUCAUUGGUUUUAUGUCGAUUAUUGUAUUGAAGAUCCUUCAGUUGGUGGUGUUGAUAUGUUCGGGCUAACUCAACAAUUAUUUGAGAAGUUUCCUUCUAUUGUCCCCAGGGGUAUAAACUGGCAAGAAAAGUUUGUCGAAUGGAAGAAAUACCGUGGAUCCACAGCUACUGGGAGCAUGAUAAUUAUUGACGAACAUUACAAGAUGAUCUUGUUAGUCCAAGGAUUUUAUGGCAAUCGUUGGAGCCUACCUGGUGGCAAAAUUAAUCAAGAUGAAUCUCUUGUUGAUUGUGCUUCUCGUGAAGUAAUGGAAGAAACGGGUCUGGACUUAGCAAAUCGUAUCUUACCGUCCCUCUAUAUUGAUCGUUAUAUUGGUGGUACUUUAAGACGAGCAUUCAUUGUUGAAGGACUUCCCAGGACUUCUCGGUUGAAGCCUGGUACAAAAAACGAGAUUGAGGCUAUAACUUGGUUUGGGAUUGCUGAUUUGCCAACACAUAUACAAGAUAUUACUACUAUGGAAAAAUUGAAUUCAAGACCGAACAACUUCUACCUGGUGAUCCCAUUUAUUCGGCAACUGAAACUGUACGUAGAACAACGACUGUCAGGCAAAGUACCUGGUUUAGCGUUAUCUGAAUCAGAACGCCUUUGUGGUAAUUCUAUGAAUUAUUCUGUUAAUCUUCAACACAAUGCAAUAAACAGUCUGUCAAAUAUGAAAGUGAAUGCAACCAGUACCCCGUCCAAGAAGCAAAAAAAGAAUAAGAAAUCAAACACGUCAAAAAGUCCCAAUCAAUCUUUAUCUGAGGAUGGAAAAACCGGUGAAAAAUCGAGAAAUCGAACGAGUUCUAAUGUCGCUUGUAACUCCGAAUUUAAGAAGUGUGGGAAACACAAUGCCAAUUUUUCUUUCGUGUCAAUAAUGGACGGGAUGAUUGAGAGCAACUCUAAUAAUAAUAAUAAUGUUGAUACUGGUUUACAAAUGGUGUCGUAUUGGCAAUCUUUUCAGAUUGAUAGAAAUAAGUUAUUAGAAUGUUUAUGUAAUAGUGCAAAGUGAAAAGAUAUUUUGACAAUUCUUUUGAUAUAGAUAAAUGAACACAAAACUACUCAUUUUAUUUUGAGCGCUAAAGUAUUAUUUAUUCCUUUUAAAAGUAACCAGUCAAUAAUAUAUGCUUUUAUAUAUACGUUUGUACCUGAUGUUUAUAUUCCUGAUUUAAAAAAGUAUAAAUUAUUUUUUAACACAAAUUUGUUGUUUUUAUAGUUUUGGGGAAAUAGUUUAUUUCGCAGUUAGAUCUAGUAGCAUUAAAUGUUGUUUGUAUAGUCUUGUUCAUUAAACCAGAUGGUUUAUAUUUUCUAGCUGAUAAAUAGUGACAAAAAAUGUCGACAGUGCACUUCGUUGAAAAGUGUGCGAAUAGUCCAGUUUAAAUUGGUGGUUUUAGUUUCGGAUACAAUUACAGCAUGGCUAGUCUGUAUUACUCUUCAUGGUGCAUAGCUAGAUAGGGUAAGAUUCAUAUAUGAGAAUCCUCAAAUCCAAGCUCUCGUGCUUACUAAGUGUGUAUCUUGUUUUCCUUUACGUCACCGCAAUUUUCGCAGAAACAAAAGGUUAGAAAUUCGACUUAGCUGAAAUUACCAUUUGUGUUAAGUGUGAGCACUAAUAGAAUAUGAAGCGUAGUCAGAGUUCACGCUUGGCAUUAGUGGGAUUUUGGGAACCCUGUAAUCAAGUGUUUAGUGUUUAUGCUUAUUCACGUCUACAAAUUGUUUCAUAGCUGAAAUCAAGUGAUUUACUCUAUGGUAGAAGUUGAAUUCUGGAGACCAUUUGUAAUGAUGUAAUAUUGUUCACAUAUUUCACUUGUUCUGAAUUAAAUGUCUCCAGACUUCACAUCAUCUGCACUAUCUGUUUUUGCUGAUGAAUGCACUGAGUUCGCUGUUACUGUUUUCAGUGAUUCACUUUCAGUUGUAUGGGGCCAUUUCAAUUCUUUUGACUGUAUGUUCUUUACAUCACUAGGUCACAAAAAUGUAGUAGAU